AUGGCUUCUGCGGUUGUCCCUUAUCUGUUUCUACUUGCAACCUUUUUACUGCUUCUACCUUCAACAAUUGCUCAAUCUUACAAAAAUGUUAGUUGGGGUUCAACACUUACUACGAGUGAUGUUACUAUAUUUUGGCCAUCCCCAUUUGAAGAAUUUGCUUUUGGCUUUCAAAAAAUUGGAAAUGGAUCAUCAGGCUUCUUACUAGCCAUUUGGUUCAACAAGCUCAAAGAAAAGACCAUAGUUUGGUCAGCCAAUAGAGAUAAAAUCGUGCCGGAUGGAUCCAAAAUUGAGCUCUGCAUGGAUGGAAGACUAGUACUCACUGAUCCAAAUGGUCAAGAAAUAUGGGCUCGUGGCAUGGCCAGUGCUGGACCAGCCUAUGGAGCCAUGCUUUACUCUGGAAAUUUUAGCUUUGAUGAGCCAACUGAUACGAUUUUGCCUGGCCAAGUACUUAAAGGAAGAACCAGGCCUGUCUCAAGCUUCUCUGACACGAAUGUAUCGAGUGGAAAGUUCGAGCUUAGUGUUAAAGAUGACGGAAAUCUGGGACUUCACCCAGUUGCAACACGUGAUGAAUACUUGUUAAUCGAGACUGCUGGCAGUGGUUACCAGGUGGUAUUCAAUCAAUCCGGCUUUAUUUUCUUUCAAGCAAAAAAUGGAACUAUGUUAAAUUUGUUAUCCUCUUCCAUUGAGGCAAACUCAACCACGAGUCAAUUAGGAGGGGUUGCUUGUGGUUUCAACAGCGUUUGCUUGAUAGGAACUGACCGGAGGCCAAGAUGUGAUUGUCCAGUCGGGUAUAUCUUGAAUGAUCCAAACGACAAAAUAGGCAACUGCAGGCAGAAUUUCCCUGAUCAAGUUUUUAACAAUGAAUCGCAAGACGUUGAGGCUUUUACUAUCCACGAACUGGUCAACACUAACUGGUUUGGCAGCGAUUAUGAGUCUUACCAGGAUGUUACAAAGGAUUGGUGCAAACAGAAUUGUUUGAGUGAUUGUUUUUUUGUUGCUGCUGUUUAUGGUACAGACAACAUUUGUUGGAAGAAAAGGUAUCCGCUUUUAAAUGGGAGAGCAUAUCCAGCAAAUUUAGGCAAAGCUUUGUUAAAAAUAGGGAGAGACAACUCCACUGCGGGAUCAACAACAAUGACUACACCUCAGUCUCAAACCGGUGAAAAAAGGAAAAAUCAAUCUAGUCUAAUCAUUUCUGGUUCUGAAAAAAUACAAAAGCUUGUACCAUAUCAAGCUGUUACAGGACUGAACAUAAGAAGUUUUAGCUACAAUGAGCUAGAAGAAGCUACAAAUGGAUUCGAGGAUGAGUUUGGAACUGGGGCCUUCUCAACAGUUUACAAAGCUGUUCUUAAUGACUAA